UCAUCAUCGUCGACGUCGUCGUCGUCGUCGCUAAAGCAAUGUUCGAUUGAGAUCCAGUUGGUGUAGCGACUUCAUAUCGGUUCCAUUCAGGCCCAAGCAGCGUCCGUCGAUCCCUUAUUCACAGGGUCCAUUCAGAAACGGUGGAUAAUCGGAUCAGCAGCUGUUCAAGAUGAACCGAAUUCUGGAAGAUAUCUGGGACGCCCGGGACCUGCGGAUGGAUUCCUACCCACUCAUGAACAGCCCUCUGCCGACCAUCGCUCUCUGCUGUCUCUAUUUCUACGGAGUCAAAUUCCUUGGCCCGCGGUUGAUGAAGGACAAAAAGGCCUGGGAGAUCAAAAAUGUUCUCAUUGGAUACAACCUCGUUCAGGUGAUAUUCAGUGGAUGGAUUCUGUUCGAGAUCCUCAUGGGUGGAUGGGCCGGAGCCUAUUCGUUUCGGUGUGAGCCACUUGAUCGCUCGGACAAUGCCAUGGCCUUGCGGAUGGCCAAUGCGGCCUGGUGGUAUUAUUUCUCCAAGUUCACGGAGUUCUUCGACACCUUCUUCUUCAUCGUCCGCAAGAAAACUGAGCACGUGAGCACCUUGCACGUCCUCCAUCACGGUCUGAUGCCAUUAUUCGCGUGGGAAGCUUGCCGAUUCGUGCCCGGAGGUCACGAAUCUUUCGGGGCCUUGUUUAAUACAUUUGUUCACGUGGUCAUGUACACGUACUACUUCUUGGCCGCAUUUGGACCCCGGUUCCAGAGGUACCUGUGGUGGAAGCGACACUUGACCAAAUUCCAGAUGUUCCAAUUUGUGUCGGUGACUUUGCACAGCCUUCAGUUGGCCUUCAGCAACGAAUGUAACUUCCCCGUCUAUCAAUCCAUGAUCUCCUCAGGAUUUAUGGUGCUCUUCUUCAUACUCUUCAUGCAGUUCUACUUCCGGAACUACAAGAAAAAGACGGCCUUGGCCGCCAAAUCUCAAUGAAACCUCCCAAAUCAGAAUCCAUCUCCUCUUAAUAAAUGCCAAGAUUGGGAGACGCAAUAUUUUCGGUUCGUCAUCUUUCAAAGACACGGACAUUUAACCGAAUGAUUAUCAGGGCGCUUUAAUGACAGUUUUCUAUUGAUCCUUAAAAAAUCUAAAUUUUGAAUACACUCUCUUGCAUUGAGGACAAUGCGGAAAAUUCUAAA